CCUCAGAAACCCUACGUUUCUUGAACGUAGAGAGCAACAAGGAAUCAUAACUGGUGAUUGUGUUGCAACGGCUGGCCAAGCUGGGAGGGGCAAGCAAUAUCUCCUGUGGUUCCCCCACAAUACACCGCGCAGAUGCAACCGAGUACGCGGGCAGCUUGAGGUGGGGCAACUCAUUACCAAUCAGGCCAAAGUUGUUCAAUCAUUCUGGAUACAGCAAGAUCACUUUUACAUCUAGAAAAGAAAACGUCUGACCGCACAACGCUAUACCGACCGACGACGACGACGACGAUGUCUUUUCUCAUCUGCCAGUCCAUCUCGUCUGCUAACCAGUGUAUCGAAUCUUGCUUUCUGCUCGUGAGCUGCGGAACGCUCGCCGAAGGACCCAAAAACGAUCAAAACAACGGCCCCUGUUCUCAGCAGCCCGGAUUCGAGUUUCAGUCAACUAUGGUCGAUGACAUGGCUGUUAAUCGAAGACGCGUUCGCACGUCUGCCAGGCAGUUCGAACUCGUCCUCGAUUUCAUGGAGACGCAUCCGAAUCUGGCUUCGUCCCGUCUCGGAUCCACGUUCACCAUCAAAGACCGUCGCCGGGAGUGGAACGAGUUCGCAGACUUCCUUAACAGCCAUCAACUUGGGGCUUACAAGGAUUCGGACAAGUGGCGAAAAGUAUGGAACGACUUCAAGAGUGCUACAAAGCAGAAAGCCCUGAAGAUCGCGUCUGGCAAAGGGACUGUUGAGAAUCUGACACCAAUCGAAGAACGUCUUCUGCGGAUUCUCGACUGGAAUCCUUCCAUCAAGCAAGAACCUUUCAUUAAAUCGGAAUCUGCAUCUGAUUCAAUCUACGAAGCGGACGAACAGUUUUCCAGCGAAUGGCACCGGAGCCAGUCGCAAGACAGCAAUGGCGUGUCCCCUCCAGGCGAUGCCUCGUUCGGCGAAAACCACGAGGAGUACAUCGUCCCGACGCCCGACGGACCGCUGUCCGCAGACCUCACGGACCGCAUCAUCGUGCUCAGCGAUGUCCGUUCCCUUUCCUCACCGUCUCGAAUCAAGGAAGAACCGGUCAACGCCGACGACGAGGUCGUCUCCGUCGAGUUUGCACCACAGCCCGCGGUCCAGAACAGCCCGCCCACUGGAAGCGCCGUCACGGAAGACGCUUCUCGACGUCGCGACCCUCGACCCACCGCGUCGAACGUCGAACGUCGUCAGCCACCGUCCACGUCUGCCGUGUGUCUUCUCGAGAAGAAGAUGAAGUUAGAGGUCGACGUCCUCCUGGCGACCAAAAGGAAGAUGGAAGCUGAAGAGCGAAGGGCCGACGCAGAGGCCGAGUUCUUUCACGAGGAGAAACGGAGGGCUUCUUCGCUAGUGGCGCUUCACGAGGAAGAACAGCGGAAGGUGGUGGCUAUGGCGGAAUUUCACCGAGAAGAAAAGCGAAAGGCGCAUGCCAAGGCGGAGUUGCUGAUGGAACACAAGAGGUUCUUCGUGGCACAGCAAAGGACAGAGGUUGUGAGGAGGAAGCUUUUGCUGCUGGAACUGAGGAAGCUGCGUCAGGACAUGACGGCGACCGUGAAUGAUGUGUGUCACAAAUAGUGCGCGGUUUGUGAACAAAAAUAUUGACACCGACUCUUUCCUUCUUCUUCCGUUUCACCGCGCCCGUGUCUUUUGCUUCCGUGCAGUUAAAACGAGGAAUGUUGCUAAAGAACAAUUUUCACAGGGGUAACACGUCAAGUCGUUGCAAGUCACGAUGCUAUGGGGUUUGGAGUUGUAAAGUGUGUGUGAGACCCGUUGGAAGAGUGCCUUUUGUAUUUUCUUUCAUAUUUCGCGGAAGAUCCAUUAAAAAAAAUCAUGCGAGGGAA